AUGGGUCCAAGGAAAGAGAAGAGUAGCCUGAAGCGGAACCGGAAAAGCACCGGUGACGAUCCCGAUACAAAGAAGCCUCGCAGAUCGCAGAGGAUCUCUUCACAACUUCAGAGAGAUUCGGUUCAACAUACCCCCGUGAAGAAUCAAUACCUGCCUUCACCUCUCACCAAUCGCGAAUCUACCGUCACGGAGACCUUCAAAGAACAUACAGCCACACCAGAAGGAGGUAGACCGAGUCAGAUUCGCCAUGUCACGCCGAUAUCUUCUCCCCCGCUUGUUCCGUUUUCCUCACCUCCUCAAGACACGCAGCCUCUAUCUCAAUUCGUCUACCCUCCGAGAGACAUCGAACCUGACCUCGAUGAUGAAGACGGUACGUGGGGCUAUUUGUUCCCCAUGGGCCCAGCAGGUCAUCGGUUGGCUAUGAAGAGAAGAACGUUCUGUCCGGCUCCAGUGAAUCCCCUUGAGAUUGCAAGACCGACUGUCAAGAGCCGAAAGCGCCGGGAAAGGGAACUCAAUGAAGCAGAAACGGCAUAUGAGGCGGAGAAGCAGGCCACUGGGUUUCCGGCGGGUGGAUACCUCAUUGGAAGACAUCCCGAGUGUGACAUGAUCCUUGAUAUCCCGACGGUGUCAAACCGGCAUUGUCUGAUCUUCAACGAGACCAGGAAUGGUGGUGCGGUUGCUGUUCUUGAGGAUCUGUCAAGCAAUGGCACCUUCGUCAAUGAAGCCAUGGUCGGUCGAAAUAAACGGAGGGAACUGGAAGAUGGCGACGAAAUCACAAUCUUGGAUGAAGCAAGAUUCGUCUUCCGAUACCCGAAAAGUCGAGAUUCGAGCGCGUUCAAUUCUCGAUACCGAAUUCUACAACAAUUGGGAAAGGGCCAUUUUGCUACAGUUUAUCUCUGUGUUGAAAGAUCCACCGGGUACAAAUAUGCUGUCAAAAAGUUCGAAAGACGAAUGGGGGAAUCCCAACGAUCACAGAAUGAAGGGCUACAACAGGAAAUCGCAGUGUUGAUGAGUGUCAGCCAUCCAAAUGUUCUUUGCUUGAAAGAAACUUUUGACGAACACGACGGAGUUUAUCUCAUUUUGGAAUUAGCUGCGGAAGGCGAAUUGUUCAAUUUGAUCGUGACAAAGCAAAAGUUGACCGAAUCAGAAACGCGAAAAGUGUUUAUUCAACUAUUUCAGGGCACCAAAUACCUACACGAACGAAAUAUUGUCCAUCGAGACAUCAAACCGGAAAACAUCCUUCUUACGGAUAAGAACCUUUCCGUCAAACUGGCAGAUUUUGGUCUGGCCAAAAUCAUUGGCGAGGAAUCUUUUACAACAACAUUAUGUGGGACGCCAAGUUAUGUCGCCCCUGAAAUUCUGGAGAAUACCCGUCAUCGAAAAUAUACCAAAGCCGUCGACAUCUGGUCCCUAGGAGUUGUCUUGUACAUCUGUCUCUGUGGCUUCCCACCAUUCUCCGACGAACUAUACUCACGAGAGAAUCCAUAUACUCUGGCCCAACAGAUCAAGAUGGGCCGCUUUGACUAUCCAUCUCCAUACUGGGAUUCAAUUGGCGACCCGGCACUCGACCUAAUUGAUCGCAUGUUGACGGUCGACGUGGAAAAGCGCAUCACAAUUGAUCAAUGCCUUGAACACCCCUGGACGAGAAACGCCGACUAUAUCAACCCUGCCGACUCGACUGAUGGACUCACGGGAGCCAUGAGCGCAUUGGACUUCUCGAAGAGAAAAGUCCAGCGUGAACGCACCCUGCUCGCCAGCAUCAACGACAUCAAAGUGAGCAAGCUGGUCGACAUCAAUGGACAAGGGCUGCACGGUCGACCGCACCAGCCCGGCUCACCGGCACAUGUCAAAGUGUGGGAGAAGAAUCCAGGCGGCAAGAAUAUUCGGAUGAGUCCGAAACGAGGCAAAAAGGGGGAUGACGAUGACGCGAAGGAGGAACACCCCGCUGCAAACAGGCAGCCGGAAGAGUUCAUGGAGAUGGGCGGCAAGGGAGAUAUGCCGCUGUUCGGCGACGAUGACUCGUCCAGGUAUCUUCCGGAAGAGGUACCAACGGGCGUGAAAUGA